AUAGCAAUUUCACGGUGGCUACAAUCAUAUAUCAACAGUAUUUUGGUGAUAUUUCUCAUGUUCACGUAUCGUUUUUAACGAAUUGUCAAAAUUGACACACGACGAAUUGAUGCCUUGAAACUAGCUUAUUGUUUUUGUCAGACCCAACUCACGAAAUAGCAAGAUGUGCACAUAAUAGAAUAUAGACGGCGCCAGGGUGCACAGCCCGCGAACAGCGUCGCUGCCGUUAUCAAAGUGUCGCAAAAAGUUAAGCUGAAGCAAAUGCAAAAAACAGCUGGGACGUGUUAAGCAUAUGAAGUCAUAUUGCAAGCAUUUACAAGAAGACAGCAGUACCAGAGAUUUUGUGUGCACUGUGGCUAUUUAUAGGAAUUAACUUGGUUUCCAAACUAGUUCACAUGUUCGGUGAAUGGAUCGUCUACAUAAACAGCAAACUGAAACCAUGACGCCGGAGGAACAAGAACGAGAUCUUGUAGAACGCGAAUUAGCCGAAUAUGUGAAACGCUACUUCAAAGGAGCACUUGCAAAGGCGACAGAGUUGACGGUGAAGAGUUCGCGCUCAAGACACGCAGUCGAUAUCCAGAAUCUUGCUUCUCAACAUUAUGAAGAAGGUGUCCGCAAAAGCUUCGAUGCUAUACAUAAGCUAUUUAAAAGCGAAGGUCUUCUGGAACAAAUGACGAAGUUAAGGGAGAUGGACAAGCAACAAAAGCAGUUUAAAGGCACAACCGUAAGACGACCCACUGGCAUCGCUUCGAUAGAUACUCAACUCUUGGUAGAUGUGCUAAACACUGGUCUGUUACGUAAGGAACGUGAGAUCUUAGAAGAGCUUAAACAGGAGCAGGACAAGCUUAUUGAUGAGCUAACAAAUUUAUCUCCAAGCUGAUCACGAGAAAAAGUCGUUUUCCCGUUGUGCUGAUUGAACGCUUUUGCUGGGAAUCGUGGUUGGACGAAUACCAUCUCUCUGGAGUGGAUUCGUAUGUGCGUGUGGGAGAAGAAAUAGCGGUUUCAGCGUCACGUAUGGCGGAACAGCGAAGUUGGAUACCGUGCUCGCUUUAUAAUUACCGUUUAAAAAUUUCUUUGUUUCAUUUACUAUGACCAUACGAUGCUAUGUUCCUUCCACGGUGAAAUAAUGAACGGAGGUGCUAGAUAUGCAGCUUGUAUAAAUUUAUCAUCUAGGCGAGUACACAAAUGAAUAGCUCUAAACGUAUGUCGGCGAUAGCGAAACGACAGCAGCUGAGCACAUCGUAAAACAUUUAGUAUUUUCGGGAGCACGUGUAUGAAGUAAUAUGUCUUGUUUGUGUUGCUUAACAUGUGUAUAAAGAGUAACUUCUAGUACAGCUUUUAUCCGUAUAAAUCUGUGCAAAAUGUUA